AUGGCGAAAGUGGAUAUCGACAAUCUGAGAAUGAGAGAUGUCGAGUCUCACUACACGAGGUACGCGAACAGCAAGCUCUGUAACGUGCUAUGGACGAAGGCGCUGGCGAAAAGGUUGCACGCCGCUGGUGUUACAGUGAAUUGCGUCCACCCGGGCCUGGUAAAGACAAACAUAUUCCAAAGACUUGGAAACGUAUCCCGGGCGAUAUGGCUGAUGUUAAUAGGACUGUUCUUUAAAUCGCCGGUAGAGGGCGCUCAGACCUGCAUACAUCUGUGUGUGGCGCCUGAGUUGGAGAACGCCACAGGUGAUUAUUAUUCGGAAUGUAAGAAGCAGUGCUUGUCAAAUCGUGCAGAUGACGAUGAGUUCGCGGAAGCGGUUUGGAGGGAAACGUUGAAAAUUAUAAGCGAUUAA